AUGUGGCCCCUCGAGAGCUCGAAAGCGCGCGCCGAGCGCGAGCUCGAGCUCGAACGCGCGAGGCGCGCGUGCGAGAGCAAGCGCACGGCGUUGGUGCAGUGCGAGCGCGUGAACGCGCGAGGGAUGUGCGAGGGACUAUCGAGGGAUCACGACUUUUGUCGUGCGUCCAGGGUGAAGCCGUGUCACGGCGCCGCGGAGGCGUUCGAUAAGUGCGCGAGACGGGCGAUGAAUUGGAAGGAGGCGACGCCGGCGCCGACGUGCGAGAGCGAGUUGAAGGCGAUGCGGAGGUGCUUACGCUCGAGAUGGCGGAAUGUGAAUGUAAAGUGA